AUGGCCCAGCCAUUGGGGUUCAGUCUAUCUAUAGCCCCAUUAAUAGCCCAAAUUGACACUAACAAACUUCAGAACGGUUCGGCUGUGCUCUUGCUCUUUUUCUUCGUCGUCUUGACAAUGGAGUCCUCAAAACCCUCAAUAGGAACUCCGAAUCCUCUACUCUCCUUCUCCACUUAUAUCCACCAGCACUGUAUCCGACUCGGAGCCGAGCUCACGAGUCGAAUUGACGAUACCAAACGAUUCGCCGGAAAACUCGCCUCCAAUUGGCCUCCGGUGACGCAGAGGCGUUCGGGUUCUAUAAUACAUUCUUGUUCUCCUCCUUUACCUUUCGCUUCGGUGUCUCAGGGAAAGCAAGCCUCCGAUGCUGCUUCGAGCUCCGACCGUGUUUCGAAGACGCUCACUGGUACGGCGGUGUACACUGUCAGCAACUCGAACAAUGAAUUUGUGCUGAUUUCUGAUCCCAAUGGUCUCAAAUCCAUUGGACUCCUUUGUUUUCGCCAAGAAGACGCCGAAGCCUUUCUCGCUCAGGUUCGGUCACGGAAGGGAAUGCUGAGAGGUGGCGCAAGGGUUGUGCCUAUUACACUUGACCAGGUCUAUAUGUUGAAGGUUGAAGGAAUCGCAUUCCGUUUUUUGCCUGAUCCUGUUCAAGUAAAAAAUGCAUUAGAGCUUAAAGCUUCGGAUGUCAAGCGUGGGUUUGAUGGAGUCCCUGUUUUCCAGGCGUGGUCUGUGGUGGUUGUUGUGAUCGCGUGGUCUGUGGUGGCUGUGUGGUGGUCCAUCGUCGGCGUGGUCUGUGGUGGUUCGUCGUUGUUGGAAGCAUGGUCUGUGGUGGUUGGUGGUGGUUCGUGUUCGGUUCGUGGUUGUCUGUGGUGGUUCGUAUUUGGUUCGUGGUGGUGUGGUGUGGCGCAGUUGCAGGAAGUGGGUUUUUCUGAAACCCUAACCAGCGAAGAAGACAUAGCCCAACCCGAUCCACUUUGA